CGCGCGGAGGAGGCGGGACCAGCGGCUGCUAUGGCGACCGGCGCAUGCCUGCCGGCCUGUCUGCCUGCCGCGGUCGGCCCGCUAGGGGGCGCUGCCGCGAGGGAAGCCCGCGCAAAGGAUCACGGGGAGCGGCCCGUGCUGACGGUUGGUGGGGUGGGGGCGGCGGGAAACACAUCCCCGUCCUGACGUUACGCGGACCCGCGUGUCCCAGGAGCGAGUUUUCUCCCCCGCGAAGAGGCGUUAUGGUCCUGGGCGACGCAGGAACCAGCCUUGGAUGGACAAGUCUGGAGUUGCAGGACCCUAUGUGGGCCAGAGGCCGAGACCCCUCGGCAGCUGUCCGCACCUGGCAAGAUGCGUGUCACCUUCUGCCAGGGCGUCUUGGCUGCCGCCAUCGCCAUUAACCUGCUGAUCCUCUACUACAUCUCCAGGCUGCAACAGCACGUCCUUCAGCGGCAUAGGGUCCAUGCCCAGCCCAGCUCCCCGCAGCACCUUGGGCCCCUCCGCCCCGGUGUGACCAUCCUCAUCCGAGACUUCGAAGACUUCGAGAACUACGUCCCCAGCGUGGUGCGGUCUUUCCUGAAGCAGCAUCCGGAACUGCCCGUCUUGGUGGUGGCCGACAGCUGGCCCUACCCUCCCUUGCUUCUCCCCAAGGUGCCCAACGUCCAGCUGGUCAUCCUCAAGCCUUCCCCGGCUCAGCCGGCCUAUGUGUCCAGGCCGGAGACCUACGUGAGGACCGAGUAUGUGGCCUUGGUCCCUGACGGGGUGAGAGUGGAUUCCGCCUCUCAACUGGAGGAGCUGCUGGAGGAACUCAAGAGCAGCGGAGGGAAAGUAGAGAUGGUGGCAGCUCCAGUCCACUCCCUGCUGCCCUUCCGGUGCCUCCACCUCAAGGUCAGCCUCAGGGAAUGGACAGCGGAGUACAGCGAGACGCCCCCGGCCUCUAAGCUCUGCACCGCCUUGAAGGGGACCGCCGUGGUGGUCCUCCCCACCAAGAGCCUCUUCAACCUUUCCAUGCCUUUGACCAAGCCCUUACUGACCUCCCUCUUCAUCCAGAGCUCCCUGCGUGGGUGGGCCGUCCGGGUGCUGGACCGCCCCUUCUCUUUGCUCCACCAGCCCUUGCUCACCUCCUCCCACAACCAGUGGAAGGCCGACAACCUGGCCAAGGCCAAUCAGCUGCAGCUCUUCCGGGAUUUUGGCAUCAAGCAGGUGAUUCUGGAAGACGGCAAGCAGCAGUGGUUCGGCUGCAGCAAGGAGACGCCGCGGUGUUUCGGCACCAUUCAGGAUGACACGCCGGAAUACCUCUACCAGAACCGCUGGACGCCGCCCUGCUGCCUCAAAGCCCUGAGGGAAACUGCCAAAUACGUGGUCAACGUCUUGGAAGUCUCGGGGGUGCGGUACUGGCUGGAGGGGGGCUCGCUCCUGGGGGCAGCCCGCCACCAGGACAUCAUCCCUUGGGAUUACGACGUGGACCUGGGCAUCUACCUGGAGGACAUUCCCAAUUGCGAAUUGCUCCGGGGUGCCGAAUCAGGCUCCAUUGUGGACGAGAAGGGCUUCGUUUGGGAAAAGGCCAUCGAGGGCGACUUCUACCGGGUGCAGUACAGCGAGCACAACCAUCUGCACGUGGACCUGUGGCCCUUCUACCCCAAGGACGGCCUGAUGACCAAGGACGCCUGGAUGGACCAUCGGCAAGACGUGGAGUUCCCCGAGCACUUUUUAAAGCCCUUGGUGCCCAUCGAGUUUGCCGGCUUCGUUGCUUUGGCGCCCAACAAUUACCGCAGCUUCCUGGAGCUCAAGUUUGGGGAAGGGGUGAUUGAAAACCCAGAAUACCCAAACCCAGCCCUGAAGAGCAUGAAUGCGGGGAGGUGAGGGGACACCCACCCGGGGCCCAGCUGCGAAGGGAGAGAUCUUGAGGUCUCCAGAAGAAACGAAAACCUUCCCUUUGAUGUGAAUCGGGGAGCUGAGCCAUUGCUGCACAUGGGGUGGGGGGUCGGGGGAUGGCCCAGCCUCUGUUCAGAACUCAGGGAGAUGCUUGCAAGGCUGAAAGGAGUCAGAGCAGGGGCAGGGGGCCGUUGGUCCUGCAUUUUCUUCCCAGAAACUAUCUAACCCAGCGUUCUUUAUCUUCAGCAGCUGGCACUCAGAGGGAGACUGCCUCUGCACUCGGCUGCGAUUGUUGCAUUUGAAAAAAACGAACACCAGAGAGGGCAGCUGUCUCUUAAAAUAGGGCCGUGGGCUGGGUCACCAGCCGAGGAAAGAAGGGGGGGAGGAUGACAGCUGUUCAUUUUGGCAAGGGGCGUCUGACACGGGCUGACUUUCACAAGAUGACCUGAAGGAUCAAAGGGGAUCCUUGUGCGAGAACUGAAAAAAAUACAAUACACAGAUAUACAAGCACGCACAUACACACCCCGGUUCCUGAGGGGUGUGAUUCCGGAACAACUUGCCCACAGCCAGCUUGCCGUGGCCAACUCAUCACGGGGCAAUUUAACAAUUCAAUUUAAUUACUUAAAAUUAAUUUUAAAAAAUAUUUUAAUUUCUGUCCUUCACGCUUCCUUUCUCUCUCUCCAUUCGCAAAAAUGAUUUUGUUCCACCAUGUCUUUGAUAUUAGUGUAACUCUUGCCCUGCAGUCAGUUGCCCCUUGGCAAGUUGGCUGUGGCAAAUGCUCAUAGACAGCCCCUCCCCCCUUCAGCUCCCCGGCGGUCCUGGGAAUGUCAAAGAAGGGACCUGCACCCUGUUUUCCCUGGUUGGCGGCCUUGAGGGCAGGCAGCAGCUUUGUCCCAGGGCUCAGAACACAAAUGAAAGGCCUCGCCUUGCAAUUGCAUCCUUUGAAGCUAGGCAGGUGGACUGAGGAACGCAGCCUCCAGUGGAUGGAGGUUCCCCAGACCCUUUGAGGAAGGGGGCGUAUGGGCCAGGGGUGCAAAGACAUCUUGAAUGAAUAGAGACAGAGUUGUGCCUCUGGCGAACAAGCAUUUUUUUUUUAAGAGUAAAAGAACUGAGUUUCCUCUUCUGCUCUCCUCCCAACCCCCAACCCCCCAAAUUGGUUGUUGUCAUAUUUGGGCUUAUUCCACAGCCCAAAAAUUCCCCCACUUUAUCUUGCUAACAGAUAGUAAUUGACAAGCAUUAGGAGUCAGGCUUGGCAUGGCGAUUGCUUUGGACGGUUCGUAUCCUGGUUUUAAAACAGUAAAAAAUAAAAUUAACGUGCCCCUAGCUUGCA